UACAGAGUUUGUGUAAAAUGGCACCGCACAGAGAUAUUGGUUGGGAUCAUGCUACUCCUAUCAGCAAUGAUAGAAAACAAGCAAAAUGCAAUUAUUGUGGUAAAAUUGUUCACGGCGGAAUUACUAGGAUGAAACAACAUAUAGCACAUGUUACAGGUCAAGUUGAAGCAUGCACGAGAGCUCCAAAAGAAAUAAGAGAGUUAUUAAAAAAACACUUGAUCCAAGGAAAAAGUAUGCGAGCAGCACAUAAAAAAAAGUUAGAAGCAUUGCAAAAUUCCAUUCGUUUGGAAGAUGAUUCUGAUGAGGAAGAAGAUGAAGUUUUUGAAAUAAAUGAAGAUGAGAUAGAUGCUCUUGAAAGAAAACACUUAAAAAGAGCAAUGGCUGAAAGCAGAAAUAUGGAAUUUAUGGAGCAGCAGCGUAGACAUUCUGUUUCCGGAGAUCUACCAAGCUUGAAUUUUAAAGCCGGAGGAAGCAGCUCGAAUACAAAAUGAAGUAAAAGAAAUUUUUUCGAAAGCUCUAUGAAAAAGACAGAAGGUUUGCAUCAAAAAAAACUUGAUCCAUACAUGUUUCAAUCGAAGAAUAAGUCUUUGAAAAAUAUGUUUUCAAAAGAUAAUGCAAAAAAAGUGGGUAGAGCAAUUUCGAAAUUUUUUCAUUUUAAUGCAAUACCAUUUCACGCUGCCGAUAGUGGUCCUUACUACCAAACGAUGAUUGACACGAUUGCAUCGGUUGGACCUGGAGUUAAAGGACCUACUGGUAAACAAAUUGGUGGUGAAUAUUUAAACGAGGAGAUGCAAGAAGUUGUACAGUAUGUUGAUUCUUUAAAGCAGAAAUGGAAAACAUACGGAUGUACAAUUAUGUGUGAUGGUUGGAGUACUCGUACAAAACAUCCAAUCAUAAAUUUUAUGGUGUACUGUGAUAGAGAUAUGAUAUAUCACAGUUCGGUUGAUUGUACAAAUAAGGCGAAGACUGCGGACUUUGUCUACACCCUAAUGGAUAAGGUGGUGGAAUCAGUAGGGGUUGACAAUAUUGUACAAAUUGUAACUGAUAGUGAAGCUAGUAUGAAGGCGGCUGGGAAAAAACUGAUGAGGAAAAGGAAGCACAUUUUUUGGUCUCCAUGCGCAGCGCAUUGCAUUGAUUUGAUGUUAGAAGACAUCGGAGAUAUAUUGUCAGUGAAAGAUACGAUAAAAGAAGCCAGAAGAAUUACAGGAUUUAUAUACAACAGUGAUAAAGUGGUUAAUUUGAUGAAAACAUAUACGAAUGGCCGAGAUCUGUUGCGACCAGGCAUAACAAGAUUUGCAACCGAGUUUGUUGC